AUGGGAACUCCACUCACAGAACCCAAUGGGGAACACACCCUCAGAAUAGAAUGGACAGCUUUUCCCAUUUCACCUCUUACCAGUCUGCAAAUAGGGAAGUUUAGAAGUUUAAACCCCAAACUACAACUUGAUGAGCAUCACAAUAAAAAGGAAGAACUCUACAGCCCACACUCCAUACUCUCAUGUAUCAUUGACACCUCAAGAAGAAAUAAAAUCAGAAAAAUCAAGUCUGAGUGGAUCAAAGACCUCAAAAUUAUACCAGAAACCCUGAACUUACUAGAAGAAAUGGAACGGUUGACCUUCAGGGAUGUGGCCAUUGAUUUUACUGAAGAGGAGUGGGAAUGCCUGCAGCCUGCUCAGCAAAACUUAUAUAGAGAUGUGAUGUUAGAGAACUACAGAAACUUGGUCUUUUUGGCCAUAACUUCUCAUCAUACCCAAGAAUUUUUACCAGACCAAGGAAUAAACCAUAUAUUGCAAAAAGUGAUCAAUGAAAAAUAUGAAAAUUGUGACCUUGAUUAUUUGCAACAAAGGAUAUGGAAAAAUGAAAGUGAGAGUCAACAUCAGAAAUCAUCUUAUAAGGAAGAAAACCAAUUAGCAGUGACUAUUCAUAAUGACAAUUUUUCUGUCAACAGACAUCAAGAACAUUUAAUGUCUCAGAAAAGUUUUCAACUUAUACCAUUUACUUUUGAGGAACUAUGUACAUCUCUAAGAAUAUAUCCACAGCAAUUUUUGGAGCACAAAUUUCCUCUGAAAGGAAAUGUGAAAAAUCUUAAAAGAGAUCUACUUCAUGCUUCAAUUUUCAACUUGAUUAAUUUUCAAUGUAGCAUUGACUUACACUUCCAUUCAAAUAUUUUUAUAGACAAGAUAUUUAAAACUGAAAGGCAAAUUUCCAAAAGUGCUCAUUUUGAGAGUUUCUUUAGGAAAUGUUCAUUAUUCUGCAAUGAACAAAUAGCUGCUCUUUUUGCCCAAACAUACAAUUUUAACAAUUGGAAGAGGGUCCACACUUGUCCAUUAUUGCUUAAUGGAACUUCAGAUACAGAUUUCUGUAAAGUAUGCUACAUAUAUAAUGAAACAAGUAACAUCUUUAGCCAGGUCUCUGUCCUGUGUAAUUACCAGGAUGAUCAUAUUGGUGAUACAAAUUAUGAGUAUGGAGAAACUCAUAAAAAUAUUAGCAUUGGUUGCCAUGCCAGAAAACAUCAGUCUACUCAUUUUUCAAAGAAUCUUUACCGUGAUGAAAUAUGUGGGAAAGUCUUAUUUGAAUGUUCAAAACUUAUUACCCAUCCAAAUAUUCAUAGGCAAGUGAAGCCUUGCAAAUUUAAGAUAUAUGAGAGAGCUUUUAAUCAAAUUGCAAACCUUACUCAAUACAGGAGAAUUCAUACUGAAAGAGAGCCCUAUAAUUUUAUAGAAGUUAUUAAAUUAUUUGAUAUCUCAACCCUUUCUAAAUACUACAAAUACUAUGGCAGUGAUAAACUGUAUAAAUUUAAAGAAUGUGGCAAAACUUUUAAUCAAAUAUUACCCAUUGUUAAUAAUCAGAGGCUUCCUACUGGAGAGCAGACCACCAAAUGUAACAAAUGUGGCAAAGCCACUAAUAGUUGCUCAAUCAUUUGUAAACACGUGAGGUGGCAUAGAAGUGAGAAAACCUACAAAUGUAAAGAAAGUGACAAAGAUUUUAAGAAAAGCUCAACUGAUACUCAGCAACACAGUAUUCAUACUAAAGAGAACCUCUAUACAUGUAAAGAAUGCAGCAAAAGUUUUAAUAAAAUUCAAAAUCUUACCCAACAUCAAAGAAUUCAUAGUGGAGAGAAGUCCUACAAAUGUGAAGAAUGUGGCAAAGCUUUUGUUAAAAAACCACACCUUAUUUGCCACCAGAUAAUUCAUACUGGAAAGAAGCUCUACAGAUAUAAAGAAUGUGGCAAAACUUCUUUUCAAAAAUUAAGCAUUUACUACAACAAAAUUCAUACUGGAGAGAAGCCCUACAAAUGUGAAAAAUGUGACAAAGCUUUCAAUCAUAAAUCAGGCCUUAUUCACCACCAGAGAAUUCAUACUGGAGUGAAGCCCUACAAAUGUAAAAAAUGUGGCAAAGCUUUUUAUCAAAGAUCACUUCUUACUCAACAUCAGAGAAUUCAUACUGGAGAGAAGCCCUACAAAUGUAAAGAAUGUGACAAAGCUUUUAAUCGAAGAUCACUUCUUAAUAAACACCUCAGAAUUCAUACUGGGAAGAAGCCCUACAAAUGUGAAGAAUGUGGCAAAACUUUUAAUGAAAAAUCAAGCCUUACUUGCCAUCAACAAAUUCAUACUGGAGAGAAGCCAUACAAAUGUAAAGAAUGUGGAAAAACUUUUAUUCAAAAACCACAUCUUAUUCACCACCAAAGAAUUCAUACUGGAGAGAAGCCCUACGAAUGUAAAGAAUGUGGGAAAGCUUUUUAUCAACAGUCACACCUUACUGAAUACCAGAAUGUUCAUAGAGGAGAUAAACCCUACAAAUGUCAAGAAUGUAACAAAGAUUUUAAACAGAAAUCAAGCCUUAAUCACCACCACAGAAUUCAUACUACAGAGAAGUUCUACAAAUGUGAAGAAUGCGGCAAAAAUUUUUAUAAACAAUCACGCUUUACUGAACACCAGAAUAUUCAUAGAGGAGAGAAACCCUACAAAUGUAAAAAAUGUGGCAAAGCUUUUUAUCAAAGAUCACUUCUUACUCAACAUCAGAGAAUUCAUACUGGAGAGAAGCCCUACAAAUGUAAAGAAUGUGACAAAGCUUUUAAUCGAAGAUCACUUCUUAAUAAACACCUCAGAAUUCAUGCUGGGAAGAAGCCCUACAAAUGUGAAGAAUGUGGCAAAACUUUUAAUGAAAAAUCAAGCCUUACUUGCCAUCAACGAAUUCAUACUGGAGAGAAGCCAUACAAAUGUAAAGAAUGUGACAAAGCUUUUAUUCAAAAAGCACAUCUUAUUCACCACCAGAGAAUUCAUACUGGAGAGAAGCUCUACAAAUGUAAAGAAUGUGGGAGAGCUUUUUAUCAACACCUUACUGAACACCAGAAUAUUCAUAGAGAAGAGAAGCCCUACAAAUGUCAAGAAUGUGACAAAGCUUUUAGUCAUAAAUCAAGCCUUAAUCACCACCACAGAAUUCAUCCUACAGAGAAAUCCUACAAAUGUGAAGAAUGUGGCAAAACUUUCUAUAAACAAUCACGCUUUAAUGAACACCAGAAUAUUCAUAGUGGAGAGAAACCCUAUAAAUGUGAACAAUGUGACAAAGUUUUUAAUACAAAAUCAAGACUUAAUUACCACCACAGAAUCCAUUCUAUAGAAAAGUCCUACAUAUGUGAAGAACAUGGCAAAACUUUUUAUCAACAAUCACACCUCACUGAACACCAGAAUAUUUGUAGUGGAGUGAAACCCUACAAAUGUCAAGAAUGUGACAAAACUUUUAAUCAUAAAUCAGACCUUAUUUACCACCACAGAAUUCAUACUGGACAAAAGCCCUACAAAUGUGAAUGUGGCAAGGCUUUUAUUAAAAAAUCAUACCUCAUUUGCCACCAAAGAAUUCAUACUGGAGAGAAGCCCUAUAAAUGUAAAGAAUGUGGCAAAGCUUUUUAUCAAGAAUCACAACUUAUUGAACACCAAAAUAUUCAUACUGGAGAGAAGCCCUACAAAUGUGAAGAAUGUGACAAAUCAUUUAGUCAUAAAUCAAGCCUUAUUCACCACCAUAGAAUUCAUACUAGACAGAAACAAUACAAAUGUAAAGAAUGUGGCAAAUUUUUUAAUGAAAAAUCAAGCCUUAUUUGCCAUGAGAAAAUUCAUACUGAUGAGAAACCCUACAAAUGUGAAGAAUGUGGCAAAGCUUUUAAUAAAAAAUCAAGUUUUAUUUACCACAGCAGAAUUCAUACUGGAGAGAAGCCAUACAAAUGUAAAGAAUGUGGCAAAGCUUUUAUUCAAAAAGCACACCUUAUUCGUCACCAGAGAAUUCAUACUGGAGAGAAGCCCUAGAAAUCUGAAGAAUAUGGCCAAGCUCUUGUUCACAAAUCACACCUUAUUUCCCCAACAGAGAAUGCAUACAGGAGAGAAAUCCUACAAAUGUAAAGAACAUGGCAGAUCUUUUUAUCAAAGAUUACUCCUUACUCAAUACCAGACAAUUCAUACUGAAGUGAAGCCCUACAAAUAUGUCUUCACACAUCAGGAAGCUCCAGAAUGUUUAAACAUGAAGUGAGAAAGAGAAAGUGAAUGCCCUUCUCCCACAUUUUUCCAACCAUCUAAGAGGAUCAGAGGUUUCUACAUGGAGAGAAAAGCAGUGAAAUGUACUGCAAAUGGUUUCCCCUACACUCUGGAUUUUAGAGAUGGAAUGACAUUAGCCACCAUGUUGUUCAGGUUUUAUCAAACUUGGCUUCACAUUAAAAUUAGAACAGAACAGAGAAAAGAAGAGAAGGAAUUCUCAUUCUCACCCCAGACAAACUACAACAAAAAGUCUGGAGUAAAUCCUGAGCUACUCUGGUUUUAAAAUGUGCCCCUGUUGAUUCUAAAGAACAGUAAUUGUUUUGACUCUCUUUUGGUUUAUCCCUUUCAUUCUGUGGAAAAGAAAAUGAAUGACCAAUGCAUCAAAAAAUAAAAACCAUUACUCCAGCACAUUAGCCAUUGUGGAAGAAAUCAGAUCAGAUUCUCUAUGCACACUACACACCAAAUAAGUUCAGGAGCCUACAUGUAAGUUUCUAUGCUUUAAAAAAUUGUGGAUGUGUGUGAAUAUUUAUUUUUAAAAUAUAGAGAAAUGCUCUUAUUCUUUAAUUGAAAAAAAGAAAUAUGUAUCCAGCAACACUUGAAAUGUCCUUUUCCAUAUAAUACAUAAAUCAGAUUUUCCAACAUCAAUGUCAGGAUUGACAAAUGCCUGUAAACUGUGCCUCUCUGAAUUGUCAGUUCAUUACCUCACAUACAUUACUGAUGGAAAUAUUCAUUUUGAGAUCAAUUUGAAAUACAUCCCAAAAAUGUGAAAAUUUUCUCACUAUAAAAUGUAAGAUUAGUCAGAGCUCUUCAGAAAACAGUAUAAAUAGUAUGUGUAUACAUUAAGGGAAUUUAUUUUGAAGACCUGGUUCACAUGACUGUGGAAGUGUGUAAAUUCAAAAUCUGCUGUCAAGCUGUAGGUUGACAGCACAGUGUUUAAGACUAGAGACGUCUGCUGCAGACUUUCCUUUUGCUUAGAGGUCAGUCUUUUUUUAAAUCUGUUCAAGUCUUUAAGAGAAUUGAUUAGGUUCUCCCAAAAUAUUGGUGUCUACUUUACUCAUAGUCCAUUGGUUCAAAUGCAAAUGUCAUUUUAAUACAUGCUCACAGAAAAAUUCAGAAAAAAAUGUUUUAGCUUGGCACUGUGGUCCAGUGAAGUUGCACAUGAAAUUAAACAUUAAAAAUGUAUUUUGGAAUUAAACUAAUCUAUAUUUGAAUCUCAGUGCCACCAUUUAAUAGCUGUGUAACUCUCUGAGCUGUCCUUAAUCUGUAAAAUAUAAGUAUUAGGUCUGGUGGCUUUGUAAUAAAAUUAAUUUACAUAAUUAAUUCCCAGCCAAUUGUGAAUGUUGAAUUAAUAGUAGUGACUGUUUGAGUGACCCUGAGUUCAAUUCCUGGUAACAAAAACAA